AAGUGGGCGGAAUUAAGAGAGAAAACAACGCUCCUUUCCGGGGUACGGGGAACAGUUGAAGAGUCAAGGAAGGAACAAGGAGUCGCUAGUGAGCUUCCCGCCCGGGGGCACAGAUCGGCUCCUGUGGCCACCAACGCCCUCCACCUGUCCCUCCUCCCCCAGGAUGACCCGUCACGGCAAGAACUGCACGGCGGGGGCGGUCUACACCUACCACGAGAAGAAGAAGGACACAGCGGCCUCAGGCUACGGGACCCAGAACAUCCGACUGAGCCGGGACGCCGUCAAGGACUUUGACUGCUGCUGCCUGUCUCUGCAGCCCUGCCACGACCCCGUCGUCACCCCAGAUGGCUACCUGUAUGAGCGCGAGGCGAUCCUGGAGUACAUUUUACACCAGAAGAAGGAGAUCGCCCGGCAGAUGAAGGCCUACGAGAAGCAGCGCAGCGCGCGGCGGGAGGAGCGCAAAGAGCUGCAGCUGGCCGCGUCGCAGGACCAGGUGCGGGGCUUCCUGGAGAAGGAGGCGGCCAUCGUGAGCCGGCCCCUCAACCCCUUCACGUCCAAGGCCGCCUCGGGGAAUGGCUCAGAUGAUGCCCCGCCAGGUCUCAGUGCCGGCCCCACAGUCAAGGACAAGGACAAGGACAAGGACAAAAUGCUGCCCAGCUUCUGGAUCCCGUCGCUGACGCCCGAGGCCAAAGCCACCAAGCUGGAGAAGCCGUCACGCACCGUGACCUGCCCCAUGUCCGGGAAGCCUCUGCGCAUGUCCGACCUGACGCCUGUGCGUUUCACGCCUCUGGACGGCUCCGUGGACCGCGUGGGGCUCAUUACGCGCAGUGAGCGCUACGUGUGCGCCGUGACCCGCGACAGCCUGAGCAAUGCCACGCCUUGCGCGGUAUUGCGGCCCUCUGGGGCCGUGGUCACCCUUGAAUGCGUGGAGAAGCUGAUUCGGAAGGACAUGGUGGACCCAGUGAACGGAGAGAAGCUCACAGACCGGGACAUAAUCGUACUGCAGCGGGGCGGCACGGGCUUUGCGGGCUCCGGAGUGAAGCUGCAGGCAGAGAAGUCGCGGCCGGUGAUGCAGGCCUGAGAGCCCAGAGAGAAAAUAAAGGGCUGGGAAGCCGCUG